AUGAAUGAAGUUAAAGAAGGCAUAAAAAUAGAAUUACUUCGCUUAUGCCCACCUGUUUUGAAUUAUAAUAUUUGGAAUUUAUUUAAAAUACAUGAUAUAGGAAAUGGCGAUUUUGAAAAAAAUAGAAAGGAAGACAUAAGCUUAUCAAACGAAUUUAGUUUAAGUCUUCCUUUAAAUUCUAAAAAAAUUUAUUUAGGUCAGAAUUUCAAAUCUCAUAUUAAUAUUUCAAAUAAUUUAAAAAAUAAUAUCAUAAUAACAUCAAUAAAUGUUGAUGUAUUGAUGAAGCUUAAUACAUUUAAUGUUUAUAAAAAUACAGAACAAAUAAAUGUUUCUUCUAAUUCAUUUUUUGGUUUUAUUACUUCAUUCCCAGUUUAUUUUCUAGAUAUUUUUACAGUACGCUGUGUUAUAGAAUAUUUCAGUGGGAAUGAUAAGAAAAAAUUAAAAAAGGAUUUUAACUUCAUUAGUAAGAACCCCUUCAGCAUAAAAACGAGUAUAUUACAUAAAAAGGACAAUUUAUAUAUUGAGGUGAUAGUGAAAAAUAUAGAAGAAGAUAAUAUAAUGAUAAACAAUCUUAUAAUAAAAAAUUUAAAAUGUGAAUUAAUAAAAAAUGAAGAGACAUCAAAAGUUCAUAAUGGUAUUUAUUACUUCAAACAAAAUGAUGAAUAUUCAAUUAUUUUUUGUGUAAAAGACGAGGAAAGUAAAUUAAAUAUUUUAAAUUCUCUAAAUGAUGACAAUAUAGCUAAUAUAGAAAUAAUAUUUUUUACAAGCAAUGGUGGUAAAGGCCUGAAUAAUUUAUAUUUUUUAAAAAAAAAUAUGAUUACAGAUGAUGUUAGAAUAUACUUGAGUAAGCCAAACGAUAUUUUUUAUAUGGUAAAUAAGGUUUAUAAAUUUGAAAUUGUAUUUGAAAAUAAUACAGAUAAAAAUAUUUUCAUUGAAAUAUUUAUUCACAAUAAUGGAAAUAUUCAUGUAGUAAACAAUUUUGUUAAAAUUCACAUGAUUGAAAAAAAAAAGAAAGUAUCUCAUUUUUUUUAUGUUUUAUUUAUUAAUCCAGGAAUUCAUUUUUUUAAUAAAAUUACUAUAUAUAAUAGAACAACUAAAAAAAAAAUAGAUUAUAUUAAAUUGUUUAAAUUAUUUGUUAAAUAG